GCAUUUCUUAAUUUUAUCAAUAUAUUUCAGACAGGAUGAAUGACGAGGCGUCCUUUCUCCAGGAGCAGACCUGUAAGAUGAUCAGGUCAAUCCUGCUCACAUGUAAAGGUGGAACAACAGCGGAGAGAUUGUACUCUGAUUACAAAAAUAUGGUUGGCGAAGGAAUCCCUUACCGGAGACUAGGAUACGAUUCAUUAAACAAUUUUCUUAAAAGUAUUCCGGACUAUUGUAGAACCACCAGGAACAAUAAGGGUGAAGUUAUGGUUACAAGUGUAGCAGACGAAUCUACACGACACAUGCAAGAUCUUCUCGAGAGAUCUAAAGUUAAGAAACGUCUGCCUGUAAACCGUCCUACCCGGAGACCUCUUCAAACCUCAACACAUUGGAACCCGCCCCAGCAGCAACAGCAAUAUGUUCCAGGCGGAAGAGGUCGUUUUCCACCAAACAUCCGACCAUUUGGUCGUGGAGGAGGUCAAGGACCGCCUAGAGGUAUGGGUAGAGGGGGUGGGGGAGGUCCAGGAUAUAACAGAGGUGGAAUGAUGCGAGGAGGUAUGAUGAGAGGAAAUAAUAGAUUCAACAGUGUUGAAAGAACUCCCUUGAGAGAACCUCGGGCUAACUACGGUAGAGGAGUAGGACCUAGAUCACCUGGCAGCUAUAAUCCAGGUCCCAAGGGAUAUCCUUCCAGUAAACAGAUCAAAUCUCCUCCUAGGCCUCAGCAGAAUAGACAAAACUCCAAACCUCAGACCAACUAUAAGGAGGAUCUUGAGAAAUAUUUCAAUCAGAACAACCUGGGCGAAGUUCCAUACAAGGUUGCAGCUGUUGGAACUAAAGGAAAGGAGAAGUUUAUGGCAACUGUAACCGUGGAGGGAACUCAGUUCAAAACAUAUCCUCAAACCUACUCUACACGGGCUGAGGCAGAGGAAGCUGUAGCAGCUGAGGUUGUAAAGAAGAUGGGUAUACUGACAGGUGGAGACUCAGGGAGCAGUACGGAGACAACGGAUCCUAAACUUUACUCCGACCGAGUUGCAGAGUUGCUAGGAAACCGACAUAACGGAGUUUGGUCCACCCAGGUUGAGAAAGAGUAUCAAGCAAAGUUUACGGAGAAGUUACCGAGUCUCUGGUAUCAGGAGGCGGGGGCUCUCAAUAAGAUCAGGGUGGACUGUCCUGUCCUGGGCUCAGGACGGUAUAUCGUGUUCCCUGCUCUUGCGUCUCAUCCAAAGAAGGAAUUAUCUCCGGAGGUGGUUCAAGUCGGAGCUCAGGUUCCUCCUGCUAACCUGGAGUAUCCGGUAGAAGAUAUCUGGGAUGUUUACGUCCUGUAUAUUAGAUCAACAACUAACGUUAGUGUUCGACUCAUUGGAGCCGAGUACUCUGAGAGGUUUGAUGAAUUAAGUGCCACCAUGGAUCUCCAUUACUAUGACAAAUCCUCAAUACCUGGAGUUCAGAAGCCGGAGAUAGGUAAGCUCUACGCGGCAUACGUUUCCUCAGACUGGCAUCGUGUCAAGGUUGUAGAACUUCGCGGCAUUCUCUGCACUUGCUACUUUCUGGACCAUGGAGAUCAAGAUACUAUACCAGUCGAGGAUCUCAGGGAGAUAGCUCCUAAAUUCCUGGAGUUAUCUGCCCAAGCAAUCAAUAUUACCCUCUCUGGACUCGAGGAUUAUGAAUAUAACGAUAAUAUUGUGGCGCGUCUAAAUGAACAUUUGUUGGGGAAAUCUUUGGUUGCGAAGGUGGACAAUCGAAGUCAACUAGCCUCGGCCUACAAGGCAAGUCUUAAACCUCGAAUGGUGCUUUUUGAUACUUCCAGCGACGAUGUUGAUGUUAAUAUUAACCAGAAACUAAUAGAACUUGUCAUAUCAGAGGACUAUCAAUGUCGUCUUCCGUUGCCAGGAGGAGAAGAGAUACAAGUUUGUAUUUCUCAUAUAUCAGCAACAGGUGAUAUUUAUGUACAGAAGGAAGCAAAUUCGUACUCAGCAAUAGAGAAACUCAUCAAUGAAAUUGCGGACAAAGUUUCUAGCUCCGGACCUUCUGGAAUUAUAGGAAUGAACCAACUUUAUCUUGCUAAAUUCUCAGAAGACGGUAAACUAUACCGAGCCGAACUUGUAUCUCCAGAUAAAAAGAACGACAAAUACGAGGUUCUUUUCGUAGAUUUUGGGAACACUUCCCUAGUUGAUCCGUCGGAGAUUUAUAAUCUGUCCAACUUGAACGAGUCUCUGGCUGACCUGCCUCGACUAGCCCUGAAAUGCAAACUUCAUGGUGUUCCUCCUGAGGGAUAUACCUGGAGCGAAGGAGCAACCAAGGCACUACGUGAACUAGUUCCGGAGAACCAACUGGUUAAACUCAAGGUUCUAGGCGGGGAGACGGAUUUUCCUGAGGUAGAGCUCAACCAGACGGAAAGUAACCAGGGUUCAAUCAAUUUUGAUCUUUCUACGGAGUUUGACAUUUUCCCCGCACUUCCAGCAAGAUCAGCGGAAAGUUCGGCACUUUCCUCGCCCGCUAAGGUAGCAACCAAUGGCAUCGAGAAGCCUAUCCCAGAGCUAUCCAGUGAAAUAGAUGCCGUGUCUGACGCAUUGAACCAAGUACCCGGAGAUUUAUCUAACCUUAAACCUCUCACCUCUCCUUCUAUUCCUGCUGAAGGAGAGCAUUUCGACGUUAAGGUCACAUGUGCUGUUUCUCCGUCCAACUUUAUAGUUCAACCCUACAACGAGAUGGAGAACUUGCAAGCUCUAAUGUCGGAGAUGGACUCGUUCUACACAACAGAGACCAACCUUAGGGAGGUGACAUUGGAGAGUUUAUCUGAGGGUGAAUAUCUAGCAGGCCGACAUUCGGAUGGAUAUUGGUACAGGGUCAGGAUAACCAAACUCAUUGAUCAAAAUAGUGCGGCUGUACGAUUAGUAGACUACGGAGAUUUAUCUAUGAUAAAUAUCUCCGAUAUUCAACCUUUAUGGAAGCAGUUUAGAAACCUUCCUCUGCAAGCAAUCAACGCUAAGCUGGCGAAUAUUCUUCCCGUGGAGGUUGAUUGGAGGCCGGAGGACACAGUAUGGUUCAGCAACCGGGUUGCGGACCAGGAGUUUGUCUCACUCGUCAAGAAAGUAAGUCCAAGCAUCGGAGACGAUUUCGAGUGUGUUGUGGAAUUAACCCUGAUAGAUACAACCCAUCCUUCCGUGGAUAAGUUUAUAGACCAGGAGUUGAUCGAAGAGAGAAGAGCUAUCUCAACCCUGUCAAGUGAUAGAGGUUCGGAGUAACUGAGAACAUUUAAACCAGGCCUGGAAAUUAUAUUCUCUUGUCGUAAAAAGUAAAUAUUCAAAACAUACAGUUGGUUGGAGUUUAUAUCAAUAUAUACAAUACAAAUAUACCGAAACUAAAUAUAUUAAACCAGUAUUUUACUCCAUAAUUAACUAUUCGUUAUUAUCAAGAAACAGUCCAAUAAUGAUAUCUUAUAGCUCCGUUUCAUUUUCCAUAAUAUGUUUGCCAUAAAUACGUUAGCCAUAUUUACACAGGACAUAAUUAAAACUAAUUAUAAUUAAAAUUACAAUUACCGAUACAUCAUAUUUAUAUAUGAGGAAUUAUGGCAACGUAGAUGUUUAGAUUUUGCUGUGCCAACCUAUGGGUUUACCAUUACUAGUAGUUUCGAAGGUCAUAAAGGGUCCUCCAUUUGGAACUCAAUUUUUCUAGUUUUUUGGCUCUUUCUACAAAAAAAGUUUAAAUUUUACUCUGAAAAAAAAGAUAAUUAUGGCAAAAGUAUUUAUAGCAAGUGAAAUCAUAGAAAAAUAUGUAUGGCAAAUGAAACUGAGUUCUUUAAUCCCAAAUACAUAAGAUUGCGUUACUGACAGCUAUUUUGAAUAUAGAAUAUGUCGCAAUUCGAUAAUCAUGUUCUAAGUGUUAAACUUAUGUUUUUGGGAUUAGCUCAUUUAGCUCAUUUUUUCCUGGUGACAAUGCACAUUAUGAGCCACAGAAGUUUUAAGGGCUGGUCCUUAAAUUUGUCACAAACCGGACUUUUUAAGGUUUUCCCUUUGCAUGCCAUGCUUUUUUAUUAUGUAUGUUACCUUAACCCGAAAUGUUUGAUAAUAGUAAACCUUAAUAAUCUUCUACUCACAACAUAUGAGACAAACAUUAAAAAAAUUAUCAAACUUCCUAUAAGAUGAAAUUUGUCAAUUUACUUAACAAUAAGUUAAAUGUUUAACGCAUAAUUCGUUGUGUUAAUUUUCCUGUUAUUUCCUUAUUUCUCAGAUUAUCACUAAAUAAAAUAAAGAUCUGGAAAUAAUAAUGAUUUACGUAUACAUUGUAAUUUUCUCGAUCAGUUUAAAAUUGUGAUUAUUUGUUUGAUAUACCUUUGAUACCUUUUUAUAAAAAUUUACACAGAUCAGACGUUAAAUUUUCUGUUCUCAGUCAACAGAACAUUUGAAAAUAUGUUUCGAAAUGUUUCCUAAUUUUAUACAGAUAUUCGAUUUGAGCCGGUAACUUAUGAAUUAGAUGGAGUUAAGCUGCUUAGUUUAACACGUUAACCAUAGUUGAAACUAAUGAAUUUAGGAAUCCAGAUUAAUUUUGUUGGCCGAAUUUUUAAGUUCUAAGGUCUGAAAUAAUGAAAUGCGAGAAUCAGUUGAAUUAGAUUUGUUCACUUCCAACACUUCUUGUAAAAAUUUCAAAGUUUCCAGCUCAAUUUGAGCGAGAAUAUCCACGGGCUAAGUUUUUUUGUUGCCUUGGUUCAGUUCUCCCUAAAACUUAUCUUUUGAACGUCAAGCUUGGAGAAAUCCGAUACAAAUUGUUACCAGCCUUCGCUGUAAAAGUUUAAUUAUGUUAAUUAUUAUUAAUAACAAUAAACCGCAUUUUUUUCAA